AUGCCGAUGAAGACAGGAGACGCAGAUUCGAGCGGUAUCCCUUCCAAUGUGCCUGCCUUUCUAGUGAAACUGUGGAAGCUUGUAGAAGACCCUCAGUAUGAGGAACAUAUUUCGUGGAACAAGGCAAGCUUAAGCUGAAUUAUUUAUCAUACUCACAACCUUCUCUGUAUUUUUUUGGUUUUUGAACAAGACCGCUCUAUCUUCUUGAAACCUUGAUCAUCUGUAUUUUGUUAAUUUUACAAUUACUCUGUGACAUGUACACAGCUAUAACAACCUUUCGAUCUUUUUUUUGCAGAAUGGAACUGGUUUCCUCGUUCACGAUCAGGCCACUUUUGCACGCGAAAUCCUUCCGAAGUAUUUCAAACACAACAAUUUUGCGAGCUUUGUUCGUCAGCUGAAUAUGUGUAAGUAAUGUUUUGAAAAUAACCGACAGGUACUGGCUUUGAUCUAGCUUUCAGCUGAAAUGCGCUUUCGUACACAUUUAAGCACAUUAUUUUCUGUAGUAAAGGUUGAUUUUCCGUUUUAAAUUUUGGUCUCUUGAGAAAUUUAAACUAGAGGUUCAACGUUUUUUCGUUUUCUUUCACAAAGAAUUUCGUUUGAUCAGUUGUUCUAAAGAAUGCUAGCAAUGCCUAAUGUCACUCUUGACUUUACUCUUUGUCUCUGGGAAUGCAUGUGGGCGAUGAAACUCGUGUUAUUCUUUCCGCUUGUCUCAGAUACCUACGAUCUAGAACAAACUUCUUUCAGUUGCUUGAGAUCGUUAACAGUACCUUAAUUUCACCUGACAGUCCGAUGUAAAUAAUUUUACGUGUAAAAUAUUUAUUUUCAAUGAUAACAUGUUGUACUCAAAUUCAAGUUGGAGCUGAAAUUGAUAAAAAUGUUUUUAGAAUACUCAAAACUAUAACUGACAUCAAUAGUGGGUGGGAAGGGGAGGUUCUUCUCUUUCGAAUGUUCUUCGGCAUUUUCAAUCAAAGUGUUAGCUUAAUGUUUUUCAAGAGCAAUAUACAAAGUUAAUAUAAAGUAAUAUAUGAUACUGUUCAUCUGACUUUGCCAGUCUCAGCUUCUAGUUUAUGUGAUAGAUUUGAUUUCCCAAGCCACACAGUGUUUAAGUGAAGACAUGAUCUUUUGCAUUUGGUGCUGAAAGGGUGUAAAAGUUUUCAGGUUUAAUCUGCAAGAAUCAUUUCUUCGCAUGAUUUCUCUUCUGCAGCCGGUGCUUGCCAGCAAAUGAUGCCUAAUUGCUUAUGUUCUAUUCUUUAAGUCGUGUUUUUUUUCUUACAAAGAACAUGAAGAUGAAACAGAUAAAACCCAGCGUGCAAAGAAAGUAGUGUUCGAUAGCCCGGGGCUAGUGGAUUUUGCUAUCGGGCUAGUGAAUUCUGUUUUCAACGUGCCCAAUGGGCAAGUGAUCUUUUUUGAGGAAUUCAAAUAUCAGAAGAACUGUGAAAUCAAUUCUGCUUGUCAAAAAGCUUUUGGGGUUAGUUGAAAUGAUGUCCGGGCUAGUAAAUGCUAGCUUCAGCGUCCCUGAAUGGCAAGCUGUAAAAAUGAAUUUCUUUUCACCCUGAAACCCUUUGAGUGCAGUGCUUUUCAGUGGUGUUGUUUGUUAAUUUACAGAGGGUAGUUUUAAUAUUAACAUGUAAAGACAUAAUGACCCACUAUUAAUUCAGUUCUAAAAUUAUGUAAUCAUUCAGAUAAAGUUAUUGCAUUUGAUCACUACAUUCUUAGGGCUUCCGACGUUCAUAUGGGAACAUGUAAUUUAGGUAUCCCAAGGCAUCCGACCACCUAAGUUGAAAACUUUUUCAGUGGCAUGUUUAAUAGGAUAAAUUGUUAAUUUUACACUUAAAUUUAGCGUUUGGCCUCUACCUAGAAGUGAAAACAUUAAGAUUGUUUGCAGAAGUAAAAAAAAUUAAGAUUGUUUGUAGUUUUGUUUAUUCUUUUUAGAGGUGGCAUCGAGGGUGUUGCAGUGGUGAUACUUGCCUCUUACCAAAUUAAUGAAUCAAUCAUUCUUACUUUAUGUAGUUUCUCUUUGGAUUAUCCAGUUUUCUCUCUGACAAAUCCCAAAACUCCCAAAUUUGAUCUGGAAAGUACAAAAAUGAAGAAAACAAGUUCUAAAGAGCACCUAGGUUUUUGUACAUUUAGAUAAACAAAUUGUUUUUUUUUGCAUUUUAUGCAACCUAAUUUUAUGUGUAAUAUUUUCUUGGUUCCUGUUUGUGCUUUGCUUAUGUGGUAAAAUUAUUUGUGUUAACCCUGCAAAUCUAACUUGUCUUAUUAGAUGGCUUUCGUAAAGUAAUUGGUGCAGAACAAGGUGGCCUGCGGUCAGAGAAAGAUGAGUGGGAGUUUUUCAAUGGGAACUUUAACAGGUACCAUCCUGAAUUACUUGAGAAUGUCAAGAGAAAAGCUACUCCAGAAGAAAAGAAAGUAAGGAAUGAGGAUGUCUCUAAAGUGCUGAAUGAUGUUCAGGAUAUGAAGGGAAAACAAGAUGAAAUGACAAUGAAACUUGAUCAGAUUAAGCGGUAAGUAUUCUCAACAAGAAUAUUUCUUUUGUGGAGAUGAUUUUACUGAUCUUAUAUCGGGUAGGUAGUUGUAAAACUAGACGUUGAGGUGAGGGCAGGAGUGCAUUGUCUGGUAAAAGGAAAGUACAUUGGCACUUUCAACUUUCCAGCAUGUUUUUGGUCUUUUUAAAUUCUCACUACCCUUCAUGCCCUAUAAUAUAAUCAAGAGAAGAGUAAAGGAGAGAAAAUAGGGCAAAUAUCUGGAGAUCAUGUGGUGCUCGGCCACUAAACCUGACUGUACUGAGCAAUCAAAACAAUUAUCUUUAAUUCAUUGUUGGCAAUUUAGUCAAAUGAAAUAUGGUAUUGUUGAUGGAGAGUGAAAGGAGAGGAGACAUGUAUGAAGAGACCUGACAUUGGGGGUGAUGGGGUUGACUGCUUUAGUUUCCCCCUUGAAUUAAGUAUGUAUGGACGAACCUUACCAUUUCAUGACCGUUUUUUUUUCAGGGAGAAUGUCACACUGUGGAAUGAACUGGUAGAACUAAGGCAGAAACAUCAGAGACAACAGCAGAUUGUGAACAAGGUGAAUUCGAUGAAGGACACACCUUCUCCUUCUAACCUUUUAAUCCAUGUAAUGAAUGGAUAGUUAAAAAGCAGGUAUCAAAUUUAAAGAUCUGCUGUAUUUAAAAUCUAGGCACAUUCAAACGUCCCAACCCAAUGAUGUCUAUCUUAGAGAGAAUUGAGAAAAUUCAUGCAAGUUACCUGAUGUUGUCCCUCUGAUGCCACGUUAGGAACAUUUGUUUGUAGUUUUUAAUAAAGGAUUAGAAACUACAGAUAUGGUUCCAGUUGUUUAAUAGGUGGAAAAUGCUAUCCACCGGAUAAAUCUCUAUCCAAAGGGUAGUGCAAUCAGUGGUUUCCCUAACACUUUUCCAAUGGAGAGUCGUUUAUCCAGUGCAUAGCGCUAUCAAGCAUUUGAACUACCGGGGCCUGAUCUACAUGUACAUGUAUGUGUUCCUUUAUAUCUUACUUUUUGACUUUCUUUACUUCACAGCUUUUCCAGUAUCUUAUGCGACUCAUGUAUCAAAAUGAAAAGCUCAUGACAAACAGAAAGAGGUAAGCGGCUACAAGUACAUACAAUUGUCUAUGUAACUGUAACGUCAUGCAGGCUUUUGGCCAGGCGUUGAAAACUGGCCAUCCAGAAGGCAUGUUUUCCCAUAAAAUUAUACGAGAUUAAGUGAAGUUUAAAUGGGUGUCCAUAGGAUGGCUGGACACCCUUCUGGCUAAAACCGUGACGUCAUGUAAACUUUUGUAACGCUAUUAGGGUAUAAUAAUUAAAUCAGUGUUCUCAAUCUUGUAGGUUAAUGCUCCAGGACAGCACAGAGGAACAGUCAUCGAAAAGAGGGCGCUAUGAUUACAGAGAAGGCUGUGGACCUAGUAGUGGACACCCUCCACCAAGUUACUCUGCUCAACGAGUAAGUUUACCCUCAGUAAAGCUGUUUUAACACACAUUAACUAUCAGCCAGUGUCUGUCAGUCAGUGGUGAUAUACCUUCCACAUUUUUUUCAAGUUUUGAUAAAGGUUUGUUACCAAAUACCAAGGCUGUGCUCUAGCAGAGCCUGGUGGGCCCUGGUGCCUAAUUUUUGCUCUUGGGCGACUAGAAAAUCUUACUUUUUCCAUACAAAUCGUAUGCUGGGCACCCUAGAUUUUACAGAUUAAGAGCACUGGGCUCCCUUCUGUUUUCCUUAGAGCACAGCCUUGCCAAAUACCCAUUGACAUGGCUGGAAAGAUUUGCUCCACAAAGUUGCAAAAUUUUAAAGAUGUUUUAUAGACGUUUUUUUUGCGGAGUUAUAUCUUUGUUAGUUUUCAAUACUUGGCAUCUUCAAUGACUUUAAGGCGUUCAUUUUAACUGCAUUGAUGGAUUUUCACUCACUGGUCCCAGUCAAAAGUUAAAAAAAAAAACAUGGAAGGUCUCAUCCCACUGAUGAAUGGUCAGAGGUCCAAAACAGUUGGAAAGGCUCUUUUUUUCAUACUUACUGUACUUCACUAACUUACUGUCUGAUAGUGUGUAGGGAUUUGCCAGAAAAAAUUUAUCCUUUUUUAACUGAAUGGUUGUGAUUGACGUUGCUGUUUCAGCCAAUUGUGUAGCGCAAAUGACGUCAAAGUGACUGAUUUGCAAUUUUUGUCUGAGUUUUGUCAUUUUUCUCAUUUUAAUGACAAAAGACAGACAAACAUGACAUUUUAAUGACAAAAGUCAGACAAAAGUGAGGAAGUCGCUAAUGUCAAGUUCAUUUUUUUUUUCUGAGUCUCGGGUCGUUAAAUAGUAACUGCGCAAAGCGCUAUUGAGUUAUGGAGAUAAUGACUUCUCAGUCUUCCACAUUAGUGCAAUAUGGUUGUAGCAAUAAACAGCAAAGUUUGAACAGUGAGUGUUUUAGUUCAGAAUGGUAAUUAUUGGAAGAUAUUUUAUCAAUAAAAUAUUAUAAACUCAUGGUUCUAUUUUGUUCCUUGUAGCCCAGUACUCAGACUCUUACAAUAUCAGAUAUUUCGAAUGUUCCUUCAUCAAGCAUUCCUUGUGAGUGAGAUCUUAUUUUUUUUACAUAAUUAAAAUUUCUAGGAAACUCUUAAAUGUAAGCAUUGUUUUGUUUCCUCCUUUGGAAAAAACUAAUUUUUUAAAAUUAUUUUAUUUGGAGUAGAGGCUUGUUGGUGAUUAAUUUAAGGUUGAAAAAGUGUAGCAAGUUCUGCUUGUCUUACAUGUAAAAAAUCACAACACAUGUGAAUCAAACCUUGCUAUUACAAACAGCUCAGGUUUACUUUGUUCGAGCCAAAAGCUCAUACAUAAUAUUAGAGAGAUUUAGAGCUACAUAUGGCAAACAGCAAAUGUAAAUUUGUGUGAUGUGACCAAGUUUUCCCUUCACUUGUCUUUUACUGUUAAAAAAUUGGUAGUUUCACGUUAGUUUUACCCAUAAGAAUUGUUUUGGACUGUUUUUAUCUGCUCAUUUUCUACUUUAAGAAAUUCUCAACUUGGGUCUGCCGUUUAACAUUUCCCAUAAACAUGACCCUAAAUCUCUCUAUUAUCUCCUAACAUUUCAACCUUACCUAUUUCUCCAGCAACAAGUGGGCCACUUAUUACUGCUUUGCCAGAUGAUGACACCAUAUCACAUGCCAGACCAGUCAUAAGAUUUCCAGAGGAAUCAGGUCCUUCAACAUCACAGCCCUUAGUAUCUAGUCCUGUGUCAACUUCAACAGGUAAGGAGUUGCCACUUUCUUAGUUUUUAGUAGUUACUUUAUUUAAGAUGAGGGCAACUUGUGAGAUGUCACGAAUGAAUUUUCAUUUGCUACGGCUCCUUCAAAACUUAAUGACAGCCCUGUCAGACGUCAAUCAAGUCUUGUUACAAGCAUCUCUUCAAAUUUGAUUUAUGAGGUAGUGUUUUUUAUUUAACUUGCUGUAUAAGAAGGUAAUAAAAAAGAAAAAAAAGAUAUGAAAAAUAAUGCGCUAAAAUUUUUUCUUCACGAAUGAAUUUUCAUUUGCUACGGCUCCUUCAAAACUUAAUGACAGCCCUGUCAGACGUCAAUCAAGUCUUGUUACAAGCAUCUCUUCAAAUUUGAUUUAUGAGGUAGUGUUUUUUAUUUAACUUGCUGUAUAAGAAGGUAAUAAUAAUAAAAAAAAGAUAUGAAAAAUAAUGCGCUAAAAUUCUUUUUUCAAAGUAAGGAUUUUGGCAAAAAUUCUUUGGAACUGCAACUUGUUACCUAGUGUGUUCUAAACUUUACAUUCUGCACUUGCAGGAUAUUUUUGAUCAUCAAUGUGUCGAUAAGCAUAAAUGUAUAAGGGUGGAUUUCCACUGUUGCGUAAUUCUACAUGUGUAUGUGCAUGAAAUUUACAUGCGUAGAUUUGAUAGAGGUGAUGUAUGGAAGGCCACGUGUUAACUUGAAAGUUGAACCCCACUCAACCUACCUUUCAACUCUACUUUCCAUACAUUGCCUCUAUUUUAGUUACAUACAUAUGAAUUUUAUAUACACACAUGAACGUUAUGUGACAGUGGAAAUCAACCUUUCUUCCUUUAUCUAACCUUUGCUUAUUCAAAUUUUUUUUUAGCACCCACAUACCCACAAGCCUCAGUUGUACAGCCAUGUGUAUCCACCGGCGUGGUCACUUUCCCUGAAGAGCAGACACAAACCCCUGUGGUCCAUCCAACUCACAUUUUGGAGCCUCAAUCGUACGAUGAGCAUCAUACUAUAAGAAAUGCCCCUAUGAGGCGGGGACUCUCUCAGGAAGAUAUUCUAGAGAGGUAGUGUUCUUUGAUCUGUUGAAAGGCUAUUUAUCACUACAGUUGGGUCAUUACUGCAAUGAUAAAUAAUGCAGAUCAACGUCUGUAGGCAGUGCAUUGAGUUUUGCAGUCAGAUGUCCCGCAUUUGUAAUCUUUGUAGCUAGUAAGAAAGCUCAGAAAAAUAGAAAAGAAUCUAAGAUGUCAAGUUAUGCUGUAAUCUCUCUUAUAAUGCCCCCCCCUUUUGAACAGUUAAAAGUUACAGUAUUAAACCCACUCACUCAAAUUUGCAGCCCUCCCCCCCCCAACUUCCAUGAUUUGUUUUGUUAAACUAAGCUAUCACUCAAGGUAAACAAAAUUCUAUAACUUAAUUUUACUGAUUAUGUUUAGAUUGCUCUAACUAAAAGGUUCCAUGUAAAAUACUAGGUGCCCUGCAAGAGAUUUUAAUAGACUCUGAGUUUUACAGAAUACCAUUUAUGAAAUAGAAUGGAUUACCUAGGGUUGCAAUUUCAGGUUUAAAAUACCUCAUCUCCUAUCUCUAAUAAGUCCCACUCUGCAUUAAUCCUCUCAAAAAUGUGUUAAAGAAAUAGGAAGCUUAUUUGGGAGAUUACGGUAUGUCCGUUGACUUUGUAACUAUUAACUACAUUAACAGUCAAAACUAAUCAUUUGCAACUCAUAACUAGUUAAGAAAGUGUGUAGUUAAAAUCGUACAUACUUAAGAUUUCCACUGUUCCACAUAGAUAUUUCACCAGCAUACUUUCUGAAAUAUUUACCCAGUUGAUAUUCCCCAGCAUUACUCUGUCACAUAGCAUUUUAUUUUCUUUCAGGCCAUCUCAAAUAUCUGUGUCCAAAAAUAUUCCACCCAGAGUGCUGUAACUAUUUAUCACAAAAAUGACAAGUUCACUCUGAUAAAUGAUUCAAUUUAUGGCAUUGUUUGAGCAGAACAUUUCUUUCGGAAACCAAAAAUCAGUGUAGUGCUUUUAUGGUGAUUCUUUUGUCAGGGAUAUUUUAAUGUGGAGGCUUUUUCAGGAAGGUAUUCAGUUUAGUGAGAAACAUAUACAAUCAAGACCUUAGAAUAGUUGCUUAAUGGGGAGUAUCUAACAUAAACUUAACCAGUAAUAAUUCUAAUACUGUCAACCCUCUCUUAACAGACACCUCUAUGAGACGGUCACCUCUGUAAUUCGGACACCUAGAGCUAGUCCCUGCCUUUCUUUACUCACUUUAUUAAACUUUCUAUAAGACAGACAUCUCUCUAAGAUGGACUUUUAGUAUUGUUCCUAAAGGUGUCUAUCUUAGAUAGAGUUGAUUGUAACACUAAUUCUUAGUGGUGCUAGGAUCUUGAGCAUGACGAACCAACUUUCUUGUACAAUAUUAGCACCUAAAGAUUGGACUUUGCUGUAACUUGAUUCUCUCUUUAAUUUCAGGAAUUUUAUUGGUGAUCAAGUAGAUUACAUUUCACAGAAUCUUGAGAAUAUUCAGUAUCAGUUGGCAAAUCACCCUAUGGUAUUGGAUAAUAGCAUAUUUUUUGAUGUAUUUGGCCAUGAGGGAGGCCAUCCAGUCCAGGUGAGAUUAUUUUAAAGAGUAAUCAAUUUAGUAAUUCUCAGAACCUUUACUCUUGAUGAUCUGCUGAUGUUGUUGGGAGAAAAUUGAUGUUGGUCACUCUUGGCACCUAAAGGGUUAAGAUGAGUAAGAAGUGUCCCAGGGCAAGAAAAAGGUGAGAGCUGCUUGCCCAAAUGACAAGCUGGAAUUCAAGUCUUUCAAGCCGUGGUUUUUUAAAAAUUAUUUCAAAUGGUUAAAUAGUAAAAAUAAGGUACUGCUAGCAGACAACCACCAGCAAAGUUUCAGUGGGAACUAAUUAAUAAAAUAUAAUCAACCUUGAAAUGUCCACACAUCGUUUCCUGCCCCUCCCCUCCCCUUCUUCUCUACCUUGUGCCGGUCUUUAACUUUUCUUCAUUUUAGUGGUGCAGCCUUGGGUUGGACGUCAGUUGAUGCAACUGUCAACUUAAGAUUCUCUUGGAAAUUUGUUCUUGCAUGAUUGUUUGCCACUUUCAAAGAUCAACAAGGUAUUAAUGGCGCUUUUUUCUUUGUCUUCUUAGGAUCCGCUAGAUCUUUUAGCCGAUCGGGCUGCAGCAUCUCCUUUGCCUGGUAGUGUGGGGCAGAACUCCUCGGCAGGUAAAAUGUUUCCUUUCUUUUUUUCGUAGACUUUCAAAAAAAGUCCUUCGUCGGAUUUCAUAUGGCACGGGACGAAGACCUCCCGCGACUUCGUCGCUCGCGGUCGGCCGCUUCGCGGCCAAACAAUGCUCGCUGCGCUCGCCAAGAGACUUGUAGCAAGUCUAUUUUUUUCGUUGCUCACGUUUUUACAGCCAGAAAAAAGGUAAAAAGAAAAUGGGCAAGGUCAGGGUCAUAGGCUCCUGGCAAGGUUUCUAUUUAGGAACGGCUGCUUCCAUAGGAAAAAUGCCUAACACGUUAACAUUGCUUGGCGCUGUCUGUAUUUUUAUAGCCUCCGUAGCAGGUUGCAAAAUUAAUCUGAACUUCGGCACUACCUCUUUCCUCGUAUUUAUCCUCCUCUCUCGCGCUGCCUCUGUAUCCCGCGUGCGUAAGACAAAGGCAAUGGCGGAUGCAGGGGAGGGUCCCAGGGGGCCCGCCCCCCCCUUAUUUUUAGGCCAAACUGAGGUCCGGAGGGCCGAAAAUGUUUUUUUGGAGGGUCAGGAUGACCGCCCUGACCUCCCCCCACCCCCUGGAUUCGCCACUGUAUUGUGUCGAUGGAAAGGUAAAGGAAAAUUCGUUUUCAACAGUGUCAUUAAAUACGAUUACAGAUGAUGUGAAAACACGUCAAGAAAGCUGUAGCCAAAACUCAGUUUUUAAAACUAGCCUCUUUUCUUUUUCAGGCCAUGAACUUGUGCAGUAUGGCAUGCAGGGGUCUGGGACCAGCACUUCCCCUUCUCGGGCACAACAGAGACGAAGGGACUGGGCCCAAGGGCAGGAACAACAGCAGCGGCAACCUUCUGACUAUGACGUUUCACACUUUUUUAACGGUUAAUCGAUCGUAACUAGUUUUUAACUCGUAUAGGUGAAGGAUUCUAGUAUUUUAUAACGUUAUUUUACUAUUGCAUUAUUUUAAUGGUCAGUAAACUUUGUCAGUGACAGGAAUGUCCUCGCGGUUACUCUUUUUUCUUGUUUCCCUGCAAAGUUCAGGACUGUUUUAUUUCUUCAGUGGUGCAAUGUAAAGAAACAACUAAAACCGCAGAAGUGUGCUUCUCGUUAGCUUUCAGUUGGGUGACGUCACGCCUUAGGAUUUCACCUCCAUACGUAAUCCUCUAUCAGGCCCACAAAGUGGACACGCGAAAUGUCUGCUCAUUCAUGGGUAAACUGUUAAUUGCUGAGCGAUCAUUGUUAUGUAAUUCAGACAUUGGUUGGCGCAUAAAGCAGUUUUCCAGCGGUCUCAGGUCAACAAUACCAGAACAUGACAUAUGUAAUCGUUUCAAAGGAAGGCCAGUGCACUGGAAGAAUUGUGCGAUAAAUAGACGUAGAAACGGGAGUAGGUUGAUCUGCCGGCUCUUCUCGACGGAUAAAAACGUGUCAUAGCUUUAAUCAGUUAAAAGCGUGCUGCACAGUUUGCAAUUGCCAGUUCCAAAAGAAAGUAAUCAAACAGGAAAGAAAAUAAUUGCUUUUCGAAAACUGGAAAGCGGUCCAUAGUUUUUCAACACUAAAUUCUUUGAAGUAUGUUUUUAUGCUAUGUAAACGAGUAGCUGUAUUUCAUUUCAAGAAAAUCCUAUACAAAGGAAACUUCGUGCGCAAGAGUUAAUAAAUUGUAUGUAUCUAGCUUAUACAUGUGUAUUGCCUGUAUAAGAACAAACUAUAUUUCCUGCAUAUCCUAAUUAUAAUUUUCUUUUAUUCAGUAAUAACCUAGUAAUACUUUUAGUGGUUUCUGGAAUUUUACCUGCCACUUAGUACAAUAACAUGGUAUGUAAUUGAAGACAGUAAUUAAAAACAUAACAAAAGGAAACUUAUGUGUUGCUUCCUGUGAUUAUUCCGGAAUUGUUGUCUCAUGGGAAGUUAUUAAAGUGAGGAACGGGGAACGGGAAAAUGGAAAAAUGGAACAAAACCCAACUUGAACCCUUGCCCUAUCAGCAACUUCAUUUUCAAUUUUCUACUUUGUUCCCAUUUUCCAAAUUCCCUGUUUCCCGUUCCCAAGGGUCUCUCAAUAUCCCUCUGUCAUGGCGAGAGAUUAUCUCCCUGUAGGCGCCUUC